GCUCCUCCUCCUCAGCAUGGAGAGGCAGACCUCCCGGACUCUGGCCCUCAUCCUCAGUAUCCUCACCUACCUGGUGGUUGGAGCCGCCGUCUUUGAGACUCUGGAGUCCAAACAGGAGAAGAGCCAGAAGAGGAAGCUGGACUCCAGGAAGAACCUUCUCCUGCGGAACCUGAACCUGACCAAGGAGAACUACCAGGACCUGGAGCUCCUGGUCCUGCAGCUCAAGCCUCACAAAGCGGGAGUGCAGUGGAGGUUCGCCGGCUCAUUCUACUUCGCCAUCACUGUGAUCACCACCAUAGGUUACGGCCACGCGGCGCCCAGCACCGACUCGGGGAAGGUGUUCUGCAUGUUCUACGCCGUGCUGGGGAUCCCGCUGACGCUGGUCAUGUUCCAGAGCCUGGGCGAGCGGAUCAACAGCCUGGUCCGGGUCCUGCUGCGCCGGGCCAAGCGCUGCCUGGGCCUGCGGCGCACCGCCGUGUCCAUGGCCAACAUGGUGGCGGUGGGCUUCUUCUCCUGCGUGGCCACGCUGUGCGCCGGCGCCGCCUUCUUCUCCCACAGCGAGGGGUGGAGCUUCCUGCACGCCUUCUACUACUGCUUCAUCACGCUCACCACCAUCGGCUUCGGCGACUACGUGGCGCUGCAGAAGGACGACGCCCUGACGAAGGAGCCGCGCUACGCGGCGUUCUGCUUCGCCUACAUCCUGCUGGGCCUGACGGUGAUCGGCGCCUUCCUCAACCUGGUGGUGCUGCGCUUCCUGACCGCCGGCGCCGAGGACGAGCGGCGGGACGCCGAGCGGAAGGCGCCGCCGGCCGUCCCGGCGGCCCGGCCGCCACCCGUCUUCGCCUCCGUGUCCUCCGUGUCCUCUGUGUCCUCCGUGUCCUCGGCGGACGGCGCGGUGAGGGCCUCGGACCGGAGGGGGGUCUACGCCGAGGUGCUGCACUUCCAGACCGUCUGCUCCUGCCUGUGGUACCGGAGCAGGGAGGAGCUGCAGAGCUCCGCCUUCCUGCCUCAGGACCCCGCCUUCCCCGACGCCUACCGGCGGCGGAGCGGCGCCCGUCCCCCCUGGACGGAGGACGGGUCGACGGGCUGCGUCUGCGGUCCGGGUCACUGCGGCAGCAUCGGCUCCGUCACCGCCGGCCUCAUCCUGUCCCCCUUCAGGGCCUUCAGGAGACGCAGCUCCCUGUAG